GCAAGGGGAUUUGUAGAGGUUAGUUGGCAGAGAACGAAGGCAAGGAUUUGUCAAUAUGGUUAACUCCGAAGACACGAGCACCUGGAUAGCUAUCGAUCUGGGUACGUCGUCGUGUGCCGUCGGGGUUAUGCGCGAUGGGCGAGUACAUAUCAUCCCGAACGAGAACGGUCAGUUAUCGACCCCGUCGUUCGUCGCAUUCACAGAUACACAGCGCCUGGUAGGAGUGCAAGCGCAGAAGCAAGUUCAGCGGAAACCGCAGAACGUGUUCUUUGAGAUCAAAAGGCUCAUCGGAUGGCCGAACAAUCAGUCUCCUGAUGGUUAUAAAUCAUGGCCAUUCACGGUUGAGAGGGACGACCAUGGGAGAUUGUGGUUGCAAGUGAGCAGUAAGUUUUUGUCGUCCAUUCUUACGGAGAAUGAUCCAUCCCCGAACCAGGGUGGAGAUGAAGGCCCGGAGGCGUUUCUUUGGCCGGAGGAAGUGCUGGCAAUGCUGUUUGCAAAGAUGAAGACCUGCGCGGAGAACUUUCUGUCGGGCGGCCAUGCGAAACUAACGAAGGCAGUCGUGACAGUGCCCGGCUGCUACAACGACAGGCAGAGAGAGGCGACGAAGUUGGCGGCAGAGAUAGCGGGAUUCCGUGAGGUACGACUCGUGCACGAGCCGACUGCGGCCGCGCUCGCGUACGCUCACCACACGGGUUUGUUACCCGCGGGUCCGAACGGACAGGUCGGGAGUGCGCGCCACCUCGGCAGCAAGACUGUCUUGUUCUUUGUUCUGGGGGGGGGAUGCUUAGACGUCGCGUUGGUGACCAUAGCCGAUGGGAGACUGGAAGUGAAUGCCGCUACUGGCAACCCCAGUCUAGGAGGGAGAGACUUUGACGAUGUUAUCGUAGAGAUGAUCGAGGAGGAGGCUGCAAAGAAAUUUGGCGAUGGAGUUCGUGUACGGAACCCUCGCCUUCGCCGCAAGAUGAAGGUUGCCGCCGAAAAAGCCAAGAAAGAUCUUACCUUGCUCCGCGACGCCUCGAUCGAAAUUGAAUCAGUCGUCGGUGAGCAAGACCUCUCUCUACCUAUCACGAGGCAGGAGUUCGUUAAGAGGAGUGAACUGCGAUUGGAGGAGUGCAUAACGGCUGUCCAACAAGUCCUCAAUUUGGCAGGUAUACCCCCGGAGCAAGUGCAGGAGGUGGUACUCGUGGGUGGUUCUACGCGCAUCCCCGAGCUCGUGAAUAGACUGAAGGCCUUCUUCGGUGGCCGGGAUCCUCGUCCCCACUUCUACCAAGAUGAAGCAGUAGUUCACGGCGCUGUGCUCUACACCGUUCGUCCACAGAAUUCGAUUCGGGAACUCAGUCCGAGUUUCGGAGCAAGAGAUGGGCCGACGCUCUAUCCUCUGGAUAGUGGGCGUUGGAUUCCGGCUGUGACACCGACUCCUCUCGCUAUGGGACGCUAUACUAAGCCAGGGACGAAAAUGGAACUACUUGAUGCGGUUUGUAGAGAGGUAGUGGCGGAUGGUUUCGAGAUCGGUCCCGAUGGGAACUUGUUCCCCAGUUGUGGCCUCGAUGAGAACGGGAUCCUCGUGGAGAUACACGACAGUCAUAAGCCUCGCGCGAGCCCUGCACAGAUCACGAUUAGGCCUGGUCAGCAGCUUGAUUCGAGUGCCUCGCAAGCUGAUGCGGCGACGGCGAGUGCCACGGCACCUUCGGCAACGUUUGGCAGUUCUUUCAGGAAAGCUCGGUGCUUGCCUGCGGAUAUCGCCGUUCUCAAAGGGAAUGCUCAAAGAAUUAUCAAUUAUGAAGAGAACAUUCACAAGGUUAGCGAGGCUAGGCAUCGAUGGGAGAAGCUUAUCGGCGAAGUCGAGAAGAAGUGUGAUAGCGGUUCGCAUUGGCGGGCCUGGGUCAUUAGGGAGGAGAUCCACGCGGGGUCGAAAUUUCUGGAGCCCUUGUGUCGGAAGGAGGAGGAGUUUAAGGCGCAGUGCAAGGAAUUGGAGGAGCUUUGCGAGUAUGUGUUCGGUUGCGACCACGGUUUCGGGUUGAUGUGGACCAGAUCGUCGACUUCGAGGCGAAAGUUCUUCAUCGCAGAUAACUGGGAAGGCUGUGAAAUCCAAGGGACCUUGGACGGUCUACGCCGUGUCGAGCACAUGGUGGGUCAAGAUAUGUGUGACAUCGUUGCGUCCGCUCCUAUCUUUGCACUUCGUGAAACCAAGGCACAAGUGCAAGAUGUUCUGAACGGGCGCAUCGAAAUGGCCGCGCCCUUCGGCGUGUGUCCGCGUGAGGAGACAGUUUGUACAGAUAAGGUGUCUGCGAAUUGUCUGCGGACUAACGGCAUUCCGUACGUGAUAAUCAGUGGACAGGAGAGCCCUCGGCAAGUAGUGGACGCUUUGCAGGCAGGGUUACGUGUCAUCCUCUGCGUCGGAGGAGGGACUCCCCUAGCUGGCUGCGCGCAAAUGCAAGGGGAGGAACUCCAACUGUAUGACGACAAUCACGACUGGCCCGAAUGUGAACGACAGCUUGGAGAGGUUCUACGCGCGGUUGGCAGCGAUUGGAGGAAUGUUGUGAUAGCGUAUCAGCCCGCAUGGUUUCGAGAACCAUGGGCUGGUUAUCCUCACCAGACCUGUCCCCAGCAUCUCGUUGAUGCCGUGGUGCGUGGACAUAAAAGAGUAAGGAAAGCGCUGAAGACGACGUUGAACGGUGAUGUGGCUGAGUCAACGCGAAUCAUCUUUGGCGGAUUCUUUUCAGACGGCAUCUGGAACGCGCUUUCUCAGCAACGCGAGAUUGACGGUUUUUUCCUACAGAAUGGACUCAAGCAUCGGUCGAUACUGGCCACGCUUUGCAGGAGACCACCUCCAAAGGAAGAGAGAAAUUUCUAUCUUAUUGGCGAUCUAGGAGAGAACCAUGUUCGGGAAUCGCUGAUGGGGGCUGGAAAGCAUCUACUAGGAGCUCAAACAAAAGGUUGGCGCACCGUCUUCGCUGUUCCCCCAGCUGAGCGUGGAAAAGUGGAUCGCAGUCACUCUGAUUGCCGCGACAUCUACGAUAGAGACGAUUUCAAAGUCGGUACCGCUGCCCAGAAAAAAGGGAUUAUCCGCCUUUCUGUGACGGCCGACAAGGAAGGAACAGGACAACUGGCAGACGAAACUGUGGCGUUGAUGGAGUACUACAGGCAAUUUCUGCUGAGCGAAAAGGAUUGGCUAGAUUUUAUAAUCGUGUAUGAGCCCCUCUCGGUUACUAGGGCCGAGACUGCGCCCCACACCCUUGUGGAUGUGGCGCACGGAUGGAUCCGCCGGUGGCUUGGAGAAAAGGUCUCUCCGAAAGUGGCGCACUCGGCGCGAAUCGUCUGUCAGCUCACAGACAAAAGAUUAACUGCAGAGGCGUUGCGGCGAGUCGCCGUAAUGCCGAAUGUCGACGGCCUGAUGCUGGGGUCAUCCAUCCUGAGGUCUCUCGCGAAGCACUCGUGCGCUGGCGACUCACAACGGGCCGGGGUCUGCAAGUAGAGGGGGACAUUCUUCCAUCCGUCCCGCUCAGUAGGGAGAGCGUUUCAGCUCGACUGGCCGUGCAUAGUAUUGCGCGUCCCCCUAUCGGUUCUCUAGAGCUGAAAGUGAAUGUAGAAGCUGAGAUCUCUCUCUCCCUGCGAUUGGAUUGACUAUCCCUGCGGCAGACGGGGGCCAGAAGUUCUUCUCGGCAUGCUGUUUGUAGCUUUCGAGCGUCGCGAUUGGUGACAGUCCUGAUGUGGUCUUGCUUAGGUCAGACUAGCAAGGAAACGAAAUACGGCCGCGAACGCACUCAGGUUGGUGGACUUAUUGCUUAUCUUCGUCUCAGUCUCUGACCAGCAAUUAUAGCCCCAAUUAGAGACCCAUGCAGGGAAAUCAAAUCGAUGGCAAGUU